AUGUCUUCCGGAAGUUCGAAGCUUGAGACCCAAUCCCGGGUCGUGUCCUCUUGGCUUCGUCCUCAUACCAAAGUUAUCUCGGAAAAAGAAAAAGGAAACGAAAGUCCUGGUGAUUCCGGUAAUUCCGUAGCCGGUCUAUCUAAGUCGGGAACAGAUGUUGCCGAGCCGAAUCCUCUCGUUGUGGACGAGUUCCGCCUUCUUGACGAGCCUCUUGAAGUGAAAACCGAACCGAAUGAGUUCGAAACUGCUGUACAUACUGAGGCUUACAAACGGUCUUUGGCUUAG